AUGUAUCAACCCGAAGAUUUGCCUCACCAAACUCCCAACAUGGGUGAAAAAUUGUCCCCCAGCCCGGUGGCAGCUGCCGAAACGGGCAGCACCAAGCACACGAAAGACAAGCCCAAGCAACGGCGUAACAGCAAGGAAGAAAAACAAACGUCCUCCUCUUCGAAGAAAACACUGAAAUGGCAACCACCACUGCAAGAUGGCGAUCAGCAGGAACGUAAAUCCGUCCUGACUGCGUACGUACUGUGGCUGUUUGGCGGUGUGUUCGGUGUGCACCAUUUCUACCUGCGCCAAGACCGACGGGCAUUCAUCUGGUGGAGUACGUUGGGCUACUUCGGCAUCGGAUGGUUGGCGGAGAUACUGCAGAUACCGUCCAUGGUGCGGGAUGCAAACGACGAUCCACGGUUUGUGCAGGAGUUCAACGCGAAGCUGCGCACGAACCGGAAGCCACCGUUUUCCACCGGACGCUUUCUGCUGGCGAUCAUGAUCGGGUACUGGUGGGGUCAGAUGAUCAUGAUUGCGAUACCGCAGGCCGUGUUUUUCGGCAUCGAUUGGGGCUUUCUGCACUGGCUCAUCCCGUUCGGUGUAGCUUUAGGUGUGUGGACGGUGGGCAAUAUGGGGCGAGAGAAGGGAGUCUUCUGGCACUGUCUGCUAGUAUCGUACGCUUCGUAUCUGUCCCGGUACUUUGUGAUGGAUGAAGCGUACUGGUUUACGACGAUGGCUUUCUGCAGUGCGCUAGCGUUCGAUCACUUCUCCAAGGAAUGGAACCUGGAAGUACCCAAGAGGAAGCGUCUUGCCAGCCGACUAGCCACAUUAAGUGCAGCCGCCGUUAUCUAUCUGGCCCUGUGGGGUUGCUUCGUCUACUUCAACGGUACCAUCACGGACAGCGAGGGCGAUGAGGUUCCGGUACACGAGGCGCUGUACAACUUCCUCAAGUCACCCUGGUGGACGGACCUGAAGCAAACGCUCUACGAUACGGUACAGUUCGCAAAGCAUCACGGCUGGGCGGAGGUUUGGAAGCAAAUCAUCGACUCGAUGGAUGCGGACGGUGAGCAGAACGCGUACAGGGUGCUGGGCAUCAGUGCGACCGCUUCGCAGAACGAAAUCAACACGCUGUGCCGCAACCUGUCGAAGGAAUCGCACCCGGAUAAGGUGAAGGAUGAAAGUAAGCGCCGUGCGGCGGAGGAACGCUUCAUGGAGAUACAGCAGGCGUGCGAGGUGCUGAGCAAGACACGCAGGAAGCGUCGCCAGCGAAACAAAAAAUCCGAUGAGCUGUAG